ACUUUGGAGAAGUACAUUUUGCUCAUAUUGAACCAUGCAGUGAAGCUGUAUCCUGCUGAUCCAAAUUGAGUGCUUGUAGCAAAAAUGUACCUGUCAAUCUGUGUUGCUCUUCUUAUGAUUGGAACUGCGCUUGGAGAGACUGGCCCCAAUCCAGGAAUACAAAGCAAAGUUACACAGAAAGGUUUAGAAUAUGCCAGGCAAAUUGCCAUCACUGAUGCUGAGAAGAAGAUUAAGGAGUUUCACCUGCCAGAUAUAAGUGGGACAAUAGACCUACUUGGGUGGAUAGACUAUCAGAUCACAGGGAUGUACAUUAAGAGUUUUGGAUUGCUUAACUCUGACAUACGAUUCGUCCCCAAUUCCGGUGUCAAAUUUUCAAUGGAUAAAGCCUACAUUGACAUAGGUGGAAACUGGCAUGUAACAUUUGGACUGAUAAAAGAUGGAGGAACCUUUGACCUGAACAUUAACGAUCUUUCAGCUGCAUUCAUUGUCAACAUUUCGCAGGAUAGCGCUCGACCAGUGCUGAGUUACAAAGACUGCAGUGCGAGUUUAAACAGUUUCGACCUUCAGCUUCAUGGAGGAGGCAGCUGGUUUUACAACUUGUUUCUUCCUCAAGUGAAAAAUAAAAUCAGACAAAUCACUCCUCAGAAGCUGUGCUCUGAGUUUAGAAAUAUGAUUGGAAAGCUCGAAGCCAUCAUCCAGACACUGAGCAUUUCACAGCAACUGGAUCGGUACGUAGAACUUGAUUAUUCGUUGGUUGGAGAGCCGGAGAUCACAGCUAAUUCUGUUGGUCUUCCCAUUAAGGGUGAAUUGUAUGAUGUUCAACACCACAAGGAGUCUCCAUUUACUGCACAAUCAUUUAACCUUCCAAAUACCACUGACCAUAUGCUGAUCCUUGGACUGUCGGAGUAUUUUAUUAACACAGGAGGAUUUGCGUAUUUUGUAGCUGGAGCUUUGCAAUUUAACAUCACAGAUGAUAUGAUUCCAAAGGACAUACCAGUUCGACUCAACACAUCCAGUCUGAAAAUUUUGAUACCCAAGGUUGCAACACAGUACCCCAACCUGCUGAUGAAAAUUAGGAUGAGUGCUUCGAAGCAACCGGUUGUGAGGCUUAUUCCAGGGAAACUCACAGCUGAUGUAUUUACUACAGCUGAAGUAUUCGCAAUCCUUCCGAACAAAUCCUUAGCGGAACUAUUUGUGCUGGGUGUUACAGCCAGUGUGUGUGGACAGAUGUUCAUUUCAAACAUGAAACUCUGUGGAUCAAUGUCUUUGAACAGAGUGGACUUGGCUGUGGAAGAAUCUAAAGUGGGGCAAAUCCCAACAGAGACAAUGGAAAUUAUGCUGAAGUUGGGGUUACAGAAGAUGAUGAUUCCAAAGAUAAACGCAAUCCUGAAAAGGGGAUUCACCAUACCAACCUUGGACGAGGUAUCGCUGAUUAAUCCAGUCCUUAAAAUUGAACAGGGUUUAAUUCUGAUCACUACUGAUAUUCAGUACGGAAACUGAAAACAAAUAUACUUCAAAAUGUAACACCAAACUGCUGAAAAUCUAUUGAAUUAAUCUGUCAUUAACAGACAUCAUCUGCAUAUAUCUCAUUGUACUGUCACAUGCUUCAUCUGAUUAACACAAAAUAGCUUUGCACCAUUGUGAAACUAGGACUAGAAAUGUGUCUCCUUGUACUAAUGAUUAAAACUAUUAAUCAGAGCUUCCCUAAUGGCUCAGCAGACCUAUAAAAUGAGUGGAUGGAGAAUGCAGACCAGGGACCAGAUUCAAUCACAGGUUCACCGACUGGGCAACAAUAAGGACUCAAAUAAAAGCAAAAUGCUGCAGAUGCUGGAAAUCUGAAACAAAAACAGAAAAUGCUAGAAAACCUUAGCAGGUCUAACAACAUCUGUGGAGAGAAAAACAGAGUUAACAUAUCAAGUCGGUAUGACUCUUCUUCAGAAGAAGGAUUCAAAAAUUGGCUGCAUUACCCUUGAGACAGGGAAGUGAAAAUUGGUUCCUGUUUACGAUCACUAUCCAAUGAUCACGACUGAAAGUGAACGUGCAUGGACAUCAUGUGAUGACAGAAUCAAGUUUGGCUGUGAUGUGCUCGUUGAGGACAAAUUGCAUUCUGGCACUGUCAAAACUCACACAUGAGUAAAUGACAUUUUAACAAGGUACUAGAAAGUAUUCAUGGGCUAAUUAAAAGGAAAAGAAAUUAAGGGGCAAAUUUGCAGGCAAGUUAUAGAGAAGUGUAAAAUCUAUAAGGGAGUUAUAAUAGGAAACUUUCAUUUUCCUAAUAGACUGGAAUAAUCACAGUAAACAUGGCAACAAUUAGAACACAACAACAUCCCAUAAACAGCCAAGUGAUAAAGACCAGAUAACCUGUUUUAGUAGCAUUGGUUAAUGGAUAAAUGUUGUCCUGUACAAUCCUCCAUUUUGAGUGGGCAAAUAGGGCUUUGGUUGAAUGUUCCAUUAAAAGAUGGCACCUCUGACAAUGCAGCACUUCUUCAGCACUCCAAUGAAGUGUCUCCUGUUUUUGUGCUCAGUUUUCUGGAUUUGGACUUGUUACUCACUCAGGCACACCUGGCAAAGAAUAAUACCAACUGUCUAUCAGCAAAAAUGACUAUUUUCACUGCUGUAAUCCCUUAAACUGCCACUGCAGCACUUUAAUUUUCUGUUUCCAAGACUGUGAACUCCAAUGGGCAGCUAUUCCAUGCAGACAGGAACUCACAAUGACUAACUAAAUAUAUUCAUCAAAAGGAUAAUUUGUCCUGUGUAUUUCAUGUACAAAUAGUAAAUUCUUUCAGACAAUGCGUGCUUACCAUUAGUAUGCAGACUACAUUCCACAUCUCAAACUAACUUGUUUCCAGUAAUCAGGAAGAAACUAUUAACUUCAACCCUCUGAACUGCAUUUCUCCCAGAACCUGAGGGUGUGGACAAAAUAAAUUGUGUGUAGAAAGAGAAAGAACUUUUCUGGCAAUUCAAUUUCCAAGCCCACCCUUUACCAGAAGGAGUCAAAUUAUGGGCACAUUUGUUGAAAAACAUGUUCCUAUGUUAUCAAAAGUUUUGUUACAGGAAUAUUUCAUGCACUUCUAGUAAGCAAUAAAGCAAUUUAUAUGUUA